CAGGGGACCUGCCGGCAGGCCUCCCUGCGCCGCCGGGGUGGGCAUCGCGGCCGGGGGACGCGCCGGCCGCCCCUUCCUUUCCCAGGUGCGGGGGUCCCUUCCCGCUGCGCCCAGGUGCCGGCUCCCCUGCGGCUCGGCUGAGGUUUGGGGCCCCUGGGAUUGGCGCGGAGGAGCUGCCGUUUGUCCAGCCGAGUCCUCAUUGUCUCAUUAAUUGGAUCUUCGUGCGAGGAGCAACUGGACCUAGACUGAAACCCCCUUGUGGUUUCGACAACAGUCAAUUUUUUCGAUUGCACAAAUUGGGGCUUCCCUCAAGGACCACUGUGCAUCAGAGCCCAGGAGAUGCUGGACACAGAAGCCACUGGUAAAAUUGAUCGUGUCCUGUGCUGAAGAUGUUUCCGGAACAACAGAAAGAGGAAUUCGUGAGCGUCUGGGUUCGAGAUCCCAGGAUUCAGAAGGAGGACUUUUGGCAUUCUUAUAUUGACUAUGAGAUAUGUAUUCAUACUAAUAGCAUGUGUUUUACAAUGAAAACAUCCUGUGUACGAAGAAGAUACAGAGAAUUUGUGUGGCUGAGGCAGAGACUCCAAAAUAAUGCAUUGCUGGUACAACUGCCAGAACUUCCAUCUAAAAACCUAUUUUUCAACAUGAACAAUCGCCAGCAUGUGGAUCAGCGUCGGCAGGGUUUGGAAGAUUUCCUCAGAAAAGUCCUACAAAAUGCACUGUUGCUUUCAGAUAGCAGCCUUCACCUCUUCUUGCAGAGCCAGCUGAAUUCAGAAGACAUUGAGGCGUGUGUUUCUGGGCAGACUAAGUACUCUGUGGAAGAAGCAAUUCACAAGUUUGCCUUGAUGAACAGACGUUUCCCCGAAGAAGAUGAAGAAGGAAAAAAAGAAAAUGAUAUAGAUUAUGAUUCAGAAAGUUCAUCCUCUGGGCUUGGACACAGUAGUGAUGACAGCAGUUCACAUGGAUGUAAAACAAGUACAGCUCCACAGGAAUCCUGAAAAAUAAUUCUAAUGUUACUGUUUUAGGAAUAGCAAAUUAUGUCCAGUCAUAGGGAAGAAAAGCUUGCUAAUACAUAAUAUACUCUUACCUAAAGCUCAGUCAUGAUGUUAGGUAUUUAAAAUUCUUAAAGACAUGGAGUUAUUUAUUCGUGGUAUUUUUACGUUGUCUUAUUUUAGCCAAGCUUCUGUAUCAAGCUAAAGUCCUGUGAAUGCAAUAGUAUCCUUUAUGGGCGAACAUUAUUGGUAAACAAGAUCCUCCCCUCAAAUGAAAUGAUUUAUAUGUUAAAAAAAAACCUAGUUGGUUUUAUUGAAUUUUAAAAGAUAGGUAAAUAGGUAGCAUUUAAAAUCAAGAUAGAGCAUUCUUUCUUGUAUCUGUGGGGCAGUGUUACUGUAAACACAGCAUAUAUAUUAACCACUUUGAAGAGUAAACAGCAUAGACCAGACUGCUUCUCUCAGACAUGUGGCUGCUAUUUUGUGGAUAUCUUCUGUGCACUGGCAAAACACUUUGCUUUUGGGUGUUUGACUGAUAUAUUUUAAGAAUAUUUAAUCUUGACAGUAUUCUAUUUCACACUUAGAUGGGAAAUAUAUCUUAUAAAUAGAGAUGUAUUAAAAUAAUGUUUACAUCUUAGAAAAAACAGAAAUAGUGCUAGUAAUUUUACUUAUAAUCGCAAUAUAUAGAUUCAGAAAUACAUUUUCAUUGUCCAAAAUCAGCUUAAACAAAUGGUUUCUGGAAAUAAAUCAUUUGUUUUCAUUAUCCUUGUGUAAUUAGAAUUAUAGGUUAAUGAUUUAUUUUCUGACUAAACGUGCAAUUUCUUAUCACUAAAUAACAUUCAGUAUCAGUGGUGGCUACUUAUUGCUUAUCUUAAGUCAAAAGAAGGAUCUUAUAAAAAUUAAUAAAUUUAAUUUUACUAACAAAUAUUUCCAAAAUUAGAAAAAGAUGUCAACCUGCUAAUUUCAUAAUUAAGUAUUCAUUUUUUAAAAGUCCUUUAUUUUUAAGCAGGUACAUGAAGAUUGGUAUAAUUUUAAUAAAAUGUCUUUUUUGUUUGUUUUUAGUGGCCCAAAGAUUGUAUGUCUUAGAUAAACUACUUUGAACUUCAAAUUUCAGAUGAGGCAGCAUUUUCUUGAGAUAAUUACCCAAGUUUCUUUUUUGUUGAAUGGAACAAAAAUAUCUCUGUGAAACUAACGGGAAGAUAUUUUCAUAUAACUGGAUAACUUGUUGCUUUAAUUAAAUGUUACUCAGCCUAAUUGGAGAGUAACAGAGGCUGGUAUAAAAAGUAACCAUUUCAUUUUAACUAUUAUUGUAUUUUUAGAAAGUCUUUACCAUGCUUGUUUCAAAGAACCAACAGAAAAAAAAAACCA